UUCCCUCCUCUUGCUUUUGUUUUCGUCAAGUCGGACGGGUAAUUCGUGGUCGAGAGAUUGCUCUUAAGAUCAAACGUCUGAAUGAAAAUUUAGAUGAGAUUGCUGAGCAAAGACAGAGAUAUAACUUUCAAUCCAUGGAGAGAACGACCAUUGAACAACCCAAGCGAGAGAAAACUUCUUCUUUUGUUGAUGCAUCUGUGAUAUUUGGUAGAGAACAGGGAAAAGGAAGUUUUGGUCAGCAAGUUGUUGAAUGAGAGUAGUCAAGAAGAGAGGGGCCUCCUUGUCAUCCCUAUUGUCGGGAUGGGAGGAAUGGGGAAGACAACUCUGGCCCAACAGGCUUUUAACGAUGAAAAUGUUAAAGCCUGUUUUGAUAUCAAAAUUUGGGUUUGUGUUUCGGACCCUUUUGAUGAUAUCAAAACUGCCAAAGCCAUCAUUGAGGCUGUCGAAAAACAUACCAGCCCAAAUUCAAAUGAAUUGGAAACUGUCUUGCAAUGUAUGUCUAAAUCUAUUGAGGGAAAGAAGUUUCUCCUUGUCCUGGACGAUGUGUGGACUGAAGACCAGAGGAAAUGGGAGAAAUUGAAGUUGCCAUUAAACCAAAGUGGCGCCCGUGGCAGUAGAAUAUUGGUGACCACUCGAAAACAGGAUGUUGUUCAUAUGAUAGGAGCUCUCACACAACAGAUCGAUUUGGAGAGGUUAAGCGAACCAGAUUGUUUGUCAAUAUUCAACUGCAUGGCAUUUUUUAGUAGAGAUCAGGAUAGUGAGUUGGAAGCCAUUGGUAAAGAAAUUGCAAAAAAGUGCAAGGGUUUGCCUCUUGCUGCAAAGACUCUGGGCAGUCUUAUGCGUUACAAGAAAACGAGGAAAGAAUGGCAGGAAGUUUUGGACAGUAAUAUAUGGGAGCUAGAAAAGUUUGAGCAACAAGUUUUCCAACCACUAUUACUGAGUUAUUUUGAUUUGGCACCUGCAGUCAAACGAUGCCUUUUAUAUUGUGUUAUCUUUCCAAAAGAUCAUUUGAUCUAUAAAGAUUAUUUGAUUGAGUUGUGGAUGUCACAAAAUUAUCUCUAUUCGAAGGAAAAAAAAGAGAAGAAAAUAAUUGGCCAAAGGAGUUUUGAUAAUUUAGUAAUGCGAUCUUUCUUCCAAGACUUUGAAAAAGGCAGUGAUGGAGAUAUCUGGGGGUGUAAAAUGCAUGAUAUUGUGCACGACUUUCUGCAGUAUCUUACUCAAAAUGAAUGCUUUACAAUGGAGGUUAAGGGUGGUAACGAUACAAUAGAGGCCUUGGGUGACAAGAUCCGCCAUUUUACCUUAAUGCUUGCACCCGAGGGUCCACUCUCAUGUGUUUCGUUUUCCAGCUGCGAUCUACGUACUCUUGCAACUUUUGAUUCAAAAUUUAAUGUUGUGGACUCAACUCUGAUCUCGCAAUUGAAACAUCUUAGGACAUUAAAUUUGAGUGGUAAUUGUAUUAAAGUGCUUCCGGAAGAGAUAGAUGAAUUGGUGCAUCUGAGGUUCAUUGAUUUGUCUGAAAAUGAUGGUUUGAAAAAGCUACCGAAUGGGGUGUGUAAUUUAUGCAAUUUGCAGACAUUGCGCCUUGAAAGAUGUGGGAAACUUGAAAGUCUACCUCAAGGCAUGGGAAAGUUGAUUAACUUAAAGCAUCUUUAUGUUUGGGGUUGCCGUCAACUGAAGUACUUGCCAAAAGGGAUCGGGAGAUUAACAAAUCUAAGAAGACUAGAUCGGUGCCCUGUUAGCGGUGGUAAAGACGACGAUGAAGCGUUCAAAUUGGGAGAUUUGAGAAACUUAGACCAACUUCAGGGGGCACUCGAAAUAGAGAUUGAUGGGGAUGUGGAAGUUGUUGUGGGUGAGGGUGAGAAAGCAUCACCCCUGGGGAACAAACAACAACUCUCAGAAUUGGAAAUAAUUUUUGAAGAUCGAGAAGAGGACAAGGGAAGAAGAAGCAGCAGUAGUGCAGAAACACUGAAUUUUUUACGACCGCAUCCAAAUUUGGAAUUGUUAAGAAUUGAAAGGCAUAAUGGAAGCACUGCCCCCAACUGGAUCAUGUCAUUAAACAAUUUGAGAUAUCUCUCUCUCUAUGAAUGGAAUGAAUGUGAAGUUUUACCUCCUUUGGGAAAAUUGCCGUCCCUCGAAACACUCUGGCUUUGGGGCAUGAAAGGAAAAAAGGUUGGAGUUGAGUUUCUGGGAAUAGAAAAGGAAACGUCAUCAGCAUCAUCAUGCAUUAUAUUCCCAAAAUUGAAAACACUCACAUUUUCCCUAAUGGAGGCGUGGGAAGAGUGGAAAGGAGUGGAAGAGUGGAAGGAAGAGGAUUCUCAUAUUACCAUAAUGCCAUGCCUUUCUUCUUUACAGAUUUCUCGGUGCCCUCAGCUAAAAACACUGCCAGACUUCUUGCGGAAAACACCACUUCAGACACUUAAAAUCAGUUACUCUGAGAGUCUUGCACGAGGUUGCCGAAAAGGCAGAGGAAAUGAGUGGUCCAAGAUUUCUCACAUCCCCAAUAUCACAAUCAAGCCUGAAUAUUCUGAUGAUGAGGGCGAAGGCAUAGUGGAAGCAGAGGAUGAUGUUGAGUUGCAGGAGAGGCCUUCCACUUCGGACCUCCAGUUGUGUGAUUUAGCUACUAGCAGUUAGAGGGUGUACAACAAUGUGCCUGACUGUUGCCAGUGCUGCUAAUGAACGCAGGAGAGGAAGUGAGAUGGAAAGGGAGACAAAGCUGCAUGCAUUACUAGAACCGGUGGUUGGCUACUGCAUUACAGAUUUCAUCAGAAUCGUCUUUUCCUUUACUUUCCGGCAGAAUGAAGAUCGUCUGGACAUAGGCACAUCAAAAGCGUGUGUGUGUAGUAUAUUGCAAUUGUUUGAGGUCUUCAAUAUAUUUCUCAAAAAAAAGUUGUCGAACGACUAGAAUAUUAUUCACUGGACCUGCAGAGUACAGUGCAAAUUUUAUGUAAAUACUAUACAAAUUAGUAAAGUUUGGCAGAUUAAACGCAAA